CUCUCAACCGAAAAAUUGUUCGAAAAAUUUUGGAUUUAUGGUAUAAGAGGCACCGUCACCGGUAUCAAUCCAGUGAUUUUGUUGAUUUACAGUGGAAAUAGUCAAUAAAAAUAGAGACAUGGACAAGUGGAUCGGAAAAGUAGCUGUUGUUACGGGAGCAUCAGCAGGAAUUGGUAAAGCAAUUGUGAAAGACUUGGCCAAAGCUGGCAUUCACGUCGUCGGACUGGCGAGACGCGACGAAAAAAUCGUAGAAUACGUCCGGGAACUAGGAAACACAUCGGGUAAAGUGUAUGCACGAAAAUGUGAUAUAUCCGACCAGCAAUCGGUAAAACAGACAUUCCAAUGGAUUGAACAGCAGUUCGGAUCAAUAAGCAUUCUGAUUAACAAUGCGGCUAUUCUGUACAACGGAACAAUUCUCGAUCCAGGUGAUGAUGCUAUGGAUCAACUGAAUGCAGUUAUCAAUACGAAUUUUACCGGUGCCGUUCAGUGCAGCCGAGAAGCGAUACGAUUGAUAGAAAAGUCUUGUGAUCACGGGCUGGUUGUUAAUAUCAAUUCCAUUGCCGGCAAUUAUGUGCCGUUUGGAAUGGGAACGAAUGUGUAUGCUGCAUCGAAACACGCCCUUCGCGCGUUCAGCGAAGUAUUGCGUCAUGAGUUGGUCGUGAAAAAGGACAGUAAAAUCCGAGUGUCGAACCUGAGUCCGGGUGUUGUAGAAACGGAAAUGGCAGUGGCCGCAGGCAUGGUUAGUGAUGCUUCGUUGAUUUAUCAACAUUUACCGCAUUUGUCGUCGGAGAAUGUGUCUGAGUCAGUGAUGUUUCUGCUGCAAGUUCCAUACAAUGUAAAUAUUACGCAGCUCACAAUUCAGCCAGUGGGUGAGAAGGCUUGAUGAACCAUAAGGUGCACCGUUGCGGUUGUAAUAAAAUACUUUCGAGACUCACUA